AUGGACGACAUGCUCAUGGACUCGUCGUCGGCCUCGACCUCUGCCGUCCCGACGCACGAGGUGCACUGGGAGGGCUACGUGCGCAAGAAGGGGGACUGGCUGCCGCGCUGGGAGGAGCGCUACCUGAUCCUCGACGGCCCGACGCUCACGUACUACAACUCGAAGGAGGACGCGCGCAGUGCGCGGAACCUGCGCGGCCGGAUGCUCGUGCUGCGGGUCCGGCCCGAGAACUACGGCAAAGCCCACGGCUUCUUCCUCGAGACGCAGAGCCACAAGCACUUUCACCUGUGCUGCUCGUCGGCGCUCGAGAAGGACAUGUGGCUCGAGAUGAUGCAAGCGGCGAUCGACGAGGGCGGGAAACACGGCAGCGGCGGCGGCAGCAGAACGCCGUCGAUCGAGGGCCUCGAGGCGCUGCAGAUGCAGACGAGCCCCACGCAAGUGGACCUGCGCGGCUUUUACUUUGCGUUCCGCCAGCUGCUCAUCUCGCACGCGUCGUCGCCGCAGUUUUUCCCAAAGCUGUCGCGGGACGUGGUGCUCACGUCAAACUACGCGCCGACAGUGCCGUUCUGGGGCGAGUACCACGGACUCGACGGCGUGCUGCACUUUUUUUCCAUCUUGUACGAGACGGUGGAGGUCACGGCGUUCUUUGUGACGGACAUUGCGCAGGCAAAAGAAGGCUGCACGGCGGUGGUGGCGGGUCGAGAGACCAUGAAGAACCGGGACAAUGGACGCAAGUUCACGCAGCAGUGGCAGCACACGAUCGAGUUUGCACCGGACGGACGGGUCAAGAGUCUGACGAUCUCGGCGGACCCGAUUGCUGCCUCGGCGGUCUUUGGCUGCAAUGCUACGUCCAGUCUGUCGCUGCCCAUGGCUGCCGUUGUGGGCAACACAGUGCACGACAACCCCGCGGGACGGCUUCAUGUCGUUGUGUUUCGUGGCGAGCAGAUUUCGGAUCAGGGGUUCAUCGAUGAGGACGAGCAGACGGAUGGACCGGAGGCUGACGACGAGCAGCGGACGUCGAGCCGUCGGAUCUUCUUGGGACUGCGCUUGGUGACAGAUGGCAAGACGAACGUCUAUGCACCGACGUCGUCGGCAAACUGCGUGGCGCGGACACGCACGUGCGACCCAGUUGAAGCACGCGAUCCAAAGUGGAAUUCGAAGCACGAGAUUCCGUUUGCCGGCUCGUCUCGGGGGAAGCCGUGCUUUAUUCUGAUUGAAGCGUGGGAAGUGAUGGACGGCGAUGGAACUGUCGAGGCCUUGGAGCGUGUCAUUGGCGUCGCCAAGGUCAAUCUUGCGCCGUUCCUGGCACUGGCCAGUACUUCGCGAACGGUUCGCGAGAGUGUGAUUCACACGGACAUUGCUCGUGGCGCUGUGCCACAGUGGUAUACGUUGUUGUCCGCGAACGAGGCAAAGUUCACUUGUGGGCGUGUCCAGCUCAGCAUCAGCUUUGAGGCCUCGAUGUCCUCAUUUGCUGCAAUGUCUCGCUCGAAUCUCGCAAGUUCAAUGCGGAGCGGUAUGGAUGCGAAUUCGCCUGGUUUGGAUUCGAAUGCGCCAACGCCGCAGGUUCGUCCGCCAGGGUCAGCAGUGCAGUCGAUGAGCCACCGCGUUGCGCUGGCCCGUGGUUGCUCUUUCCGCGACACGAAGCGGGACAAUCACCAGUUCCGGGUGGGAAACACAAACUUUGAUGUUCCGAAGCGCUACCAGAUGAUCAAGGCUGUAGGCCAAGGCGCUUAUGGCUGUGUGAUUGCUGCUAGUGACACGGAGACAGGCCAAGCACUUGCCAUCAAGAACAUUCCGAACGCGUUCAACGACCUCAUUGACGCGAAACGCAUCCUCCGUGAAAUCCGCCUCAUGCGCCACUUGAACCACCCGAACUUGGUAAAUUUGCUUGACCUGCUUCGCCCACCGACUCUGCAAGAGUUCAAUGACGUUUACAUUGUGACAGAUCUUAUGGAAACCGAUCUGCACCGCGUCAUUCAUUCGAACCAAUCGAUUAGCGACGAUCAUGUGCAGUACUUUUUGUACCAGAUGCUGGUUGCUAUCAACUACGUGCACUCUGCUGAGGUGCUGCACCGUGAUUUGAAGCCAUCCAAUAUCCUGGUGAACUCGGACUGCGACUUGAAGCUGUGCGACUUUGGCCUUGCUCGCGGCAUUCAGGGUAUGGACUCUGGUCUUACAGAGUACGUCGUGACCCGGUGGUACCGCGCCCCCGAGCUGCUGCUGUCGUCGAAGUAUGAUAAACAAAUGGACGUGUGGGCCAUUGGAUGCAUUUUGGCAGAAAUGCUUGGACGGCGGCCGCUUUUUCCUGGCCAUGACUAUUUGCACCAGCUGAAGAUUAUCAUGGACGUUGUUGGCUCACCGUCCGAAGACUCGCUCGAUUUCAUUACCAACCCCAAAGCGAAGCGAUUCAUCUUGCGUCAGCCGAAGAAACCGAAGGUGUCACUAUCGUCCGUAUAUCCGCGUGCCACACCACAUUGCCUGGAUCUGCUCGAGAAGAUGCUGAUAUUUGAUCCACGAAAACGCAUUACGAUCCAGGAUGCCCUCGCGCAUCCGUACUUGAGUUUGGUGCGCGAUCGAUCUGUGGAGAAGACAUGCCCAUCGCCAUUUGACUUUGCAUUUGAGAAUUCCGACUUGACGAAGCAGAAGCUGCAGGAACUUAUUUUCGAGGAUGUAUGCGCGUUCCACCCAGAUGCUCGCAUCAACGAUCCAGUUGUACCAACUGCUGCCUCUACUGCGAGCAAUGCUUCAAGUCGAUCCCAUGGCCACGCCCGAGCUGGUUCAAUGUCGGAUUCGAGUUCCAGGAGACCAAACAUGUCGGCUACGGUAUCCGCCUCUGCUCCAGCUGUCGCUCUGUUGGGGUUCGUACCUCCCGCUCCAGUUCCUUUUGUGGACCUACCGGGCCUACCCACGGAGCGGUCGUCAGUCCAAGCGCGAUCGUCGUCGAUCGUAUCACUGGACGGCAAUGCAGCGCGUGUUCAUGAAUCGCGCGCUUCCGAGACUCCUUUAGAGUCUCCGACAACACCACAACUGUCGACGCCAGGUGCAGCGAGUGCACUAGCGUCGUCGCCUGCAAUUGUGCCGCCGAUGCCAAGCGAAGCUAUGGACUACGAAUCAAAAGUGGCAUCUGGGCACGAACGAAGUGCUCCAACCGAAAUUGCCAUCGAGAUUAUGCAGACACCUGCUCAUACUGCCGAACGGUCGACCGAAGACGGAGCGGCAGAAGCAGCCGAAGCGUCGUUGGAUGACAUUGGAAGCACCGUUAUUCACAAUGUAUCAUUAACAGACUCCGCGGCCACGCGGGACAUCAGCGCCACCGCUGACCACGACGCAAUGGACAGCACACGCACCAGCAGUAGCGGCAGCGAUGGCGAAGAUGUGCUCGCAAGGGCGCACGAGUGUGACGGCGAAAGUGAUUUGUCAACGUCGCCGAAAAGGCAGGCGCUGCAGCAGGCCAAGUCUCUCCUCACGCCGUCGUCAGUGGUGUGA